GAGAUUAGAAAAUACAUGCAGGCUUCAGUGAUGUAUUGUAAGAUAAUUUAAGUUCAAGCACUGAAUAUUUAUUUGAUCUCAUUUAGAAUCUUUUAUAAACAGAACAUAUCACUGUCUUUAAGGCACUGUCAUUCCCAAUUUGUUUUCAGCCUUUUUUUUUUUUCAUAUGUGUAGUUUUCAUAUCUCCUAAAAUAUAUUUUUCAUUAUCAGGUUGAGAUGGGUGGGUACAUCAAGGUUUUUCUUUGCUACCCUCCCUUAAGAUUUUACUUGCUGUACUCAUUUGCCCCAUUACGUUCCAUAAGAUACUUUAUAGUUUUACAAUUCCUGUUCCUGAUACUCCUCCUAAUUUUAAUACUCAGUCGAUCUUUUAGAGUCAGGAAAUGUGUUCACUUUCACAGUAAAAUGUUAAGUCUUUGAGAGAGAAUGUAAAUAGCUGAAAGAAAGUGUAAGCCUUCUGUACGGCCAAAUGAAUGUGUUAAAUCUGGAAAAAUAGUUCAGUUUAAAGAUGAAAGUUCUGUUUUAAUGUAAGAUGUCUUAAAUAGUGCUGGUUGCAGUGCAUAAUGCCAUGCUGAUGUUGCCUGUAGAGAAGGCCCUGUUAUUUGUUUAUUGUUGGUAUUUCACAAUUUUGUAUGAACUUCAUUAAAGACAUGUAUAAACAAUAGGAAAUGUUAAAUUUCAGAAUAAUUUAUUUGAAUUUCUUCGUAGAAAACAGUGGCGAAGACAUGGCUGCUAGUGACAGUAAUGCUGAGAGUGUGAAUCCUGUGCUCAGAGUAAGUCAGCUGGAUGCUCUUGAACUAAACAAAGCCCUGGAGCAAUUGGUUUGGUCUCAGUUUACCAACUGUUUUCAUGGAUUUAAACCAGGGGUGCUGGCACAUUUUGAACCAGAAGUAAAAGCAUUUUUAUGGCUUUUCCUGUGGAGAUUCACCAUCUAUUCUAAGAAUGCAACUGUGGGACAGACUAUUCUGAAUAUUCGGUAUAAAAAUGACUUGUCUCAGACAGAGAAAUACCAGCCAUUGAGCAAACACCAGAAAUUAUGGUAUCUUAUUUGCAGUGUUGGUGGAAGGUGGUUGGAAGAAAGAUGUUAUGAUUUAUUCAGCAAUCGUCACCUGGAGUCUUUCUGCAAAACCAAACAUUUUAUUAAUUUUGUUGCUGGACUUCUAAAAAUUGGUGGACUACUAAACUUUCUGGUCUUUCUUCAGAAUGGAAAAUUUGCAACACUGACAGAACGUAUUUUAAGAAUUAGAUCAGUUUUUUGUCAGCCUCAGAAUGUUCGCCAAAUAGGAUUUGAGUACAUGAACAGAGAACUUUUAUGGCAUGGCUUUGCUGAAUUUCUAAUCUAUCUCCUGCCUCUUAUUAACAUGCAGAAGCUGAAAGUCAGAAUUUCUUCUUGGUGUUUACCUAUUGCAGGCCUUUCCAAUAGCGAAAACACUUUAGUAAACUACUGCAAGGAAUGUUCUGUAUGUGGAGAAUGGCCUACUAUGCCUCACACCAUAGGCUGUCCACAUGUUUUCUGCUACUAUUGUAUUAAAAGCAACUAUUUAUCUGACAUGUAUUUUACCUGUCCCAAGUGUGGUAUGGAGGUACACAAUCUUCAGCCACUGAAAUAUAAAAUUGAAAUGACAGAAGUAGACUUCCUCUAGAGUUUUUCUGCACUGCACAUGAAGUGCGCACUUUAUUCUAAAGUGCAGACUACUCAGAACCACUGUUAAGUUGAUCUUUUUUAAUUGUUUGUUUACAGCAGAACUUUUCCUGUUUUAUUUACAAUAGAUUAAAGUCCUUAUUGCUAUUAAUUUAGAUGUACAAAUGAUAAAUCGUAAUUUAACAAAUAUUCCAAUAUCAGAGGUCAGUGGGAAUAUAUUAUUUGUAGUUAUCUACAUAGUUAAUCAUUUUAAUCAGCUGCCUUACAUAAUCAUUAUAGAAAACUUUCAGAUGUUAUAAUUCAUGCAACAGAUUCACCACAUCGCCAGAAGAAAAUGGAGAGCUGUAAAGCAGGAAAUAGUAGCAAAAACCUGUUCACAUUCAAUCUAUUGUAACCAAACUUGCAAGUAUGUCAUUCAAUGUCAUUCAGACUUUUUUUUUGCAAGUGUGCACUGUUAAUCCAGUGUUGUUCAGUCACUUUAAAAUAUGCACAGCAGUAAAUCUUAUCCCAAUGAUUGUUUAAUUUCUCUGGAUAUGCCAUUUCAGGAUAUUAAAUGAAUGCCACUUCACCUGUUAUAAGUUUUGGGGUGCUUUUGUUGGUUUUAUGUACUUAUGUAUAGCAUCAUAUACUACAGAGCUAAGUAUGAGUUUCUCUUAUUAAUUUUCUUCAUUGUGCCACAACACUAUAGAUAUCAUCAGUUUUAGUGCAGCUUUAAAGACCAUCAAACAAAAUGAUAGCUAAUCAGAAUUUUUUUUCUCCACAAUUAACUAUAUAGUUUAAAACAAAUCAGUAAGUGAAAUUUCACCUCUGUUGGGGUCAAAACUCCCAUUGAUACAGCCAGAAUUUCAUCCAAAGUAUCCAGAAAGCAUUUGUCAUUAAAUUAACAUUCUAGGUCUAAAACUUCAGUACUUGGCUACUUCUUCGCAUUGUUAAGAUAAUACAUAUACAUUAUUAUUUUUUAAAUAGGAUCGUAAUUGUUCUGGUGCAUUGCAGCAUUAACAAUUCAAAAAUGUAUUUAUUAUGAUAUGAAAGAGAUUUGCCAAUAAACAGACUCAGAGAUAACCAAAGGAUAGCUGCUUUUUUAGGUUUACUUAUAGUCUGAGUAAAAUGCCACUCUAAGCAUUAUAUUCUCAUCUAAAAGCUCAAAUAAAAGAUCUGAUGGCAUGUACCAUAAUCUAAAUGUUCAAGCCCCUGUUCAAUGUUACUUAUAAAAAGAGGACUAAAUAAAUUAAAAGCUUUGUUUAGUUUUCUGUUGUUCAACUACUAUUGGAAUGUUCUUCUUCCCAAAUUAACCAGUGUAUCUGCGGAACUGAUCAAUACCUAGAACCUAUGAAAGAUACAAAAUCAGAACUCUUGACUUUUUACUUAUGUUUGGGAGUAACCAGCCUUUUUA